AUAAAUUGGCCCCACCAUAAAAAAAGGAUCACUGGGCAGUAUACUUCACACCGAACAAUCUUGAGUAUAUAUGGCAUCUACAACUAUUCAUACACAGCUACCAGAAAAUGCAAACCUUGACCGUCGAAGACUUCAUCAAACAUUUGGGUGCUGUUUCAAGCCAUGACUUGCUCUCGCCUGCCGAGGCGUCGCUGCUACAACUUAAGAUAGCAGAGCUCCUCUUGGACUACUCUGUCGACGUGUCACUUCUUAAAUUUUUGAGCAGGUUUUUGACUCCACAGCUCUAUGAUGAGCUUGUAGAGGAAAAAAAUAUAGAACAUCAAUGUGGGUACCUCGUCUGUGGCCAACUACCAAAACGGCAGGUCCGCAGGGCUUCAAGCGUCGAUGGGGCCCAUGAGAUGGCGACGAAAUUUCGUAUCUACAACAGAAAACCAUCCAUAAUUCUUCCUAACACAUACUCUUCCCAAUAUUGCUGCAAGGAUCACUACCAGGCUUCGCUUUUCUACCGCAAUCAGCUCUCGCUGGAAUCAUUGAUAUCCCGGAAGGGCAUAAUGGAAGUACCCCCAUUCGCAGAAACAGCCGGCGUAUGGUACGAAAACAAUAUUACAUGCUUGGAAGAAGUUUUGGCCAAACAUAGAGAAUUGAAAGAACAAGGGAAAACUUUGGGUGAUGUCAUCGCCAUGAUGAAUGGUUUAUCUGUUGCCGAUGGCGACAACGAGACUACAGAGUUAGUCAAACUCAUCGAGGAUUUCGAGAUCAUCGAGAAUCACAACCCGGAGUUCAUUGCACCAGGCUUUGGUUUAGAAGAUGAAGAAACAGAGUCUGCUGCAAAAGGUGUCGAGGGAUACAUUACCAAUGACCGAUGCUACGGUGGUUAUGUUGUAUGAGCAUAUCGCUAGACGAAGACGCAUCCCCCACGUGCUCCUCUUCAAUAGAACAUAAUGAUUUUUUACGAAGGGAAAACCCAACUUUGACGAUUCUUCACUAUUUUUGACAUAUGUAGAUAGCCGCAUUCUAUAACUCUUCAUUGGCAGUGAGCAGAGACUUCAGAUAUAGACGCACUGCACACUUAGGCUAUAUUGAGUCGCUUUUUGAAUUCAUAGCCCAUUUUGUAACCUGAAAGGCCUGCUUCUUUGAGGUAAUCACCCAAUGAUUUUCCUGUUCCAAUUCUAUCUUUCUCAGGAAUCUCGCCAUAGUUGAAACUGGUAUGAUGGCUUCGGUGAAAUAAGUCAGAAUGUGCACAAACUUUAUCUCUUUCCAAAAGACCAAU